AGACCCCUAAUCUCUGUAUGUGACAGUCUGGCAACGGUAAGCACCGGCGUUAGGGCCGCAUUUUCCUUCUUUGCUGGUAGCGCAUAUUCCGUCUCUCGUGUUCAGAGCUUCGAUUUCUCUUUGAAAUGUUUCACUCCACGGAUUUUGCUUUACACCGUGAUGCUGCGUGAAAAGCCUGUGACGCUUUUCCCACUCUUCUCGACCUUUUUUUUUGCUUUUAAGAUGCGCAUCUGCAUUAGCGAUGAGAGCGUAUCUCUUCGAUGCACCAGUGCCACGUCGCCCAUCGAGUUACAACUCCUCUAUGAAUUUCACACCCUCUCCCUCUUUCUAGCUGCCCGUUACAACACCUCGCCAUGAAUGGGCCUGAAGUCCAGCUCUUCUCCUUUCUCAAUCCUUUACUACGCAUAGUUAGCACACCUCAAAUGGUGGCAGAUGAAUGGCACGCUGUGCCCGCUGCGGGGUGAGAGAUGUUUUUGCUGGGUCCCCGUUUGUCCUUCCAAUACGACCUGCCGUGCAUCUUUGCAGCUCUGGUUCUUGGUUUUUUGUCUCCUUCCUUUUCUUAAUAAUAUUCAAGUGCAGUUAAUCGUGGCACCUCACUCUCCCCCCUUACGCACGCGAUGCGCAGGGUCCAUAGAGGUUGUUGUCAUCAAGACUGCACGAGAUGGCUCAUUCUUUGAAUGAGGUGGUUGCCUUGAAGGUUUUUGUUUCCCUCGAUUCGAAGUUGCAUCAGUACAGCGACACCGUUUCGCAACCAAUGACGGUGCCUGCUGGCGAUGACAACGAGAUUGUCUUCCGAUGCGAAGAUCACCUUUUCCAACUGAGGCCCUGAAUUCAGAAGAGAUGCUUCUGCGCAUCUGUCUUCGUGCGAAAGAAACCCAGUGCACGAAUCAGCUUUCACCAACCAACUUCUUACCUCUGAUUCAUUGUAGGUACUUGGAGUCAAAGUGAAGAGCGAGAGAGAGAGAGCGGGCUCAAUUGCGAAUCACUCCCUUCAAGCUUGAAGGAAGGGCGUGAAGAGGAUAAGAUGGAGAAGAAUGGCGCCUUCGAUUCGCUUUGCAUUUGUGACGGCAAAUGAACACCGCCGUGGAGAGUGUGAAUUGUGCAGCACCGGAGUUGCUCAUGCUGCAUCAGUACAGCGACGCCAUCUCACAACAAAUGGUGGCGCCUGCUGGCGAUGUCAGCUAGAUGAGCAAACGAUUGCAAGAGUCUCGAGAGGCGACUGUCUUGUGGUGAUGCUCUUGACGGCGUCGAUGCGGGUGUGGUUUUUGUUUUCCCCUCUCAAGUCUACAUGGCUGCGCUUUGUGAUGAGUACGUUGAAAACAUUUUUUCCAAGUGUACCUUGAUCGCUUCCCAUGAAAUUCAUUCUUUUCCAUCUAUGAACCCUUUAACUCUGAAGGCGAUGGCAGAGGUGGAGGAAGAAGGGGCAGCAAAGCAAGCGCCCUGCCCACUCCCGUGUUCGCACUUCCUUUCUAUUUGUCUUUGCCUAAGCGCUAUUCGAUGCGUGCGUGCUUUUCUUGCUCGCGAAGCGGCUCGUGAAUACCCGUCGAAGAUCAAGGAGGGGGAGUUGGAUACGUUAGCGCCUGCACCCCUGCGGCGCGACAGUAAACCGGCGUCCGCCACACAAACACACAACAGCAAUAAAAGAAAAAGCAAGAUAUACUACAUAUAACAAUCGAGCGUCUCCUGGAUGACUUGCGAAUAAUAAUAAUAAGAGAUUCUCAUUCGUGCACUGUUAACCCAUUUGGUGUGGCCCUACGCGUAGUGCUGCGUGGACGGUGGUUGUUUUGGUGGAUGUGCUAGCCAAGAGCACAGCUCCCACUUGUAUAUGUGUGUCAACCAUCUCUCUCUCUCUCUUUCAGUUCCGCCUAAAAAAGAAAAUAUGCCUUACAACAAUUUCUUCUUGCGCCAUUUCCGUUGACCUGAACACCGUCAUCGGCGUUUUCUUCUUCUUUUGCCGCUUUCACCGGACCAAGUUUCUUUUCUCAUACAUUUUUUUUUGCACUUCAGCGUCCGGAUCUUUUUGUUUUGCCGUCUCCCUGCGCCGACUUCUUUCCCCCUUUCCGUGUUUUGAACCUCCCGCACUCGCAAGCCGACGCGCGCCGCCUCCGCCCGACGGCAACGCACCGCUGCGAACACAGCAAACGCAGAGAAAAGGAGUUUGAACGGAAGUAGCGGGAAAUCGCACUUAGCUGUAGAACGACAUCCAACGAGAGAUUAAGAAAGAAGAGUAAAAGGACAAAAAAACAACAACAACCGUACGUACGUUUUUGUUUUUGCGCGCGUUCUUGUAUUUCAGCAUUAAGCCUCGAAGUUCUCGCUCGCCGUAACACUAAAAGCCGGAUUCCUCUUUGUGCCUGUGUCAAGGGGAAAAAGAAAAAAAGAAAAAGCAAACAAGCGAGCAAAUACACAUUUCUAGACGAACAGACCGGACGAUUCGAAGAUGUUCAACAAUCAGGAAAAGAAGGGCGCCAAGCAGGCGGUCAACGUGAAGGCUGGUACGGAGCGACGUCAACGCCAGCUCAUGUCGGUGCGCCACCAGAAGCACGGCGAGGUCAUGAAGCACCUCCGCGCUGAGGAGGACGACGCGUCGUCACAGACGGCGGUGCAGGUGGCGAACCCGGAGGAUGUCUGGUCGUACGACGCCCGCUCAACCCCGGCCUCCGUGCCGGUCCCGCUGCUGCCCACGCUGGUGAACAUGUGCAUGAACGGCCCGACCGAUCGCGAGGUUUUCCAGGGCACGCUGCUGAUCCGCAAGAUUCUCUCCGUCGAGCGGGACCCACCGUACGACGCGGUCACCUCCAGCGGAGUGGUGCCCCGCCUCGUCUCCUUGCUGGAGCGCAACGACUACCCGGAGCUGCAGUUCGAGUCCGCCUGGGCGCUCACCAACAUCGCCGCUGGCACCUCGGAGAACACGAUGAUGCUCGUGAACUGUGGCGCGAUUCCGCGCUUCGUUGCCUUGCUGGCGUCGCCCAACGCCGACUGCCGUGACCAGAGUGCGUGGGCCAUCGGCAACCUGUCGGGCGAGGGCGCCGGCUGCCGCGAUGAGGCGCUCAACCACGGCGCGAUGGUGGCCUUGCUGAACGUGCUCAGCGUGCGGGACCAGCCGAUUCACGUGCUGCGCAACGCGACGUGGGCGGUGUCGAACUUGUGCCGCUGCAAGCCCCUCCCACCGCUCGAGAAGGUACAGAUCGCCCUGCCCACGUUGGUCGACCUGCUGAACAACGAAGACGAUCAGCUCAUCGUCGAUGCGGCGUGGGGCAUCUCUUACAUCAGCGACGGGCCGGCGGAGCGUGUGCAGGCGGUGCUAGAGGCGGGUGCGAUUCCGCGCGUAGUGGAACUGCUCUCAGUGCCCAGCACCAACGUGAAGCUCCCUGCGAUUCGCAUCAUCGGCAACGUGGCGGCCGGCACGGAUGAGCAGACGCAGGUGAUCAUCAACAGCGGUGCCCUGCCCGCCAUGGGGGAGCUGCUGCGCCACCCAAAGCGGGCGCUGCGCAAGGAGACGUGCUGGACGAUUUCCAACAUCGCCGCUGGCCAGGCCUACCAGAUUGAGGCGCUGGUGAACGCGAACGUGUGCCUGCCGAUUCUCGAGUGCCUCAGCGCGCCGGAGUUGGACGUCAAGAAGGAGGCGGUGUGGACGGUGGCGAACAUCACGUUUUGCGGCUCGGUGGGGCAGGUGAAGUACUUGGUGAACAUCGGCGUCAUUCCGCCGCUGUGCGAGGCGCUGCGCACGUACGACCCGAAGAUCGUCACGGUGGCGCUAGAGGCCAUGCAGUGCUUCCUCCAGGUCGGUGAGGACGAGAAGAACGCCGGCACAAUGGAGGAGAACAUCGUAGCGAAGCAGGUGACGGAGUGCGGCGGCAUCGACACGAUCGAGGAGCUGCAGUCGCACGCGGACAAGAACGUGUACAACCUCGCCCUGCAAAUUUUGGAGGUGUUCUUCACGACGGAGGACGAGACGGGCGGCUUUAAUGAAGGCGUGGGCGCCGGCGUCAUGGACUUUGCUCAGGGGAACAACAACGAGAACGGCACGCAGCAAGGCAACGGCCAGUUCAACUUUUAG